AUGGAUUCUGUUUGUGACACUCCUUCUCAUGGUGAGAACGAUGAGCCUUCUGCUGUGUUUAAUACAGUACUUGCCACUGUAAAGUUGCACUAUCUACCACAGCUUGCAAUCCGUAUACGCAAUGAGAGGGAGCUCACCCGAGUUGAUGCACUCACUUCUAUUUACAAUUGUCGCAUUCUCCCUCAACCACUCUUUGGGUCUCAUCACAUACUGUUUCAGCUCGAAUUCAACGAUGGAGUUGGCUGGCUUCUCAAAGUCCCGGCCAAUGGCUACCCCAAUGUGUUCGACGAAAUGUCUGCCCUUUCACUAAGAUCGGAAGCGUUAACGAUGCGUUUACUCAAGCGAGAGACUGCGGUUCACAUUCCAGAAGUUUAUCACUUUGAGGACUCAUGUGAUAACGAGCUUUCUUGUCCAUUUAUCCUUAUGGAAUAUAUCGUCGGGCUCCCUUUAUACGAAGUUUGGUUCAACCAACGUGUUUCCCCGGGUGUUCUCGAGCGACACCGGCUCCAAACCCUCCGCGAUAUUGCGCAGGCCAUGGUAGAACUAAACAAAUUUGUAUUCCCUCAGGGUGGUGCGAUACAUUUUGACCAGAAUGGCAAGCUGUCAGAUAUCGGGUCGUUUAGAAAAGUACAUACAGAAGCCAUGCUUGACGCUCUUCACACAAAUGACGAAUACGAUGGUGCCAAUAUCUUUUACACCGCUGGUCCUUUUACUAGCCCAAAAUCAUAUUUCACAUACAUGCUUGAGAAACGAAAACCCCCCACGAAUGAAGACGAAUAUGGCCUAGGACUCUACAAAUUACUACGGUUAUUCAUUGACCUGGCCUUUGCCGACGUUCAACAACAAGAGAAAGGGUUUGUCCUGACUCAUCCUGAUUUUGAUAUACAAAAUAUUAUAGUGUCUGAGGAUGGGAAGCUACAUGGGUUGAUUGACUGGGAUGGUGUGGUUACCGUGCCUAGAUGCUUGGGAAAUGAACGAUACCCAAGCUGGUUAACCCGGGACUGGGACCCGAUGAAGUACGCAUACAAGGAUAACGCAACACCGGGGCCAGAUAACCCUAAUAAUCAUGAAAACUCGCCUAACGAACUGCACCAUUACCGAGAGGUAUACCAAGGGAUUAUGGAGGAUGUUUUGCAAGAUAAAUCAGCUAAGCAAAAAACGUCUAGAUCACUGCUCUUGGAAAAUUUAGCUAUCGCUGCUGACGACCCUGUUUCCUUUCACUCUAUCGUUGAGAAAGUUUUUGAAGAAGCUAAAGCGAAGACAGCUAAAGACGACGAUGACGAUGACCAUACCUUCUAUAUCUAUGAAGUGGCUACCGCAUACGCAACCGGAGAACUAAGUGAAUCUCAUCAGAAGCGAGUCGUUCGCGGAUUUCAAGCUCUCUUAUCCUGA